AUGCACGGAAUUCACGUGAGUCUCCUCGAGCUUCUCCGCGGGCGUAUGCGUAGAACCGUCCUCGCUGUUAUCAAGGCCGUAAUCGGACGUGUUCGUUGUCGACUUCUGAUGAGUAAGGAGUCUGCCUCCCCGCCUGCAUGGGCGGCUUCAGUCAGCUUGGUUGGCGGUACAUAUAGCCCCAUGUCGUCCCCCACGCUCGAUGGCCCGAACCUGAUCGGGAUCUUCCUUGGUUCCAUCCUUUAUGGGACGUUUAUGGCCAUGUCCGUUCACUUGCUUUGGCGCUGGUGGAGGCGCGAGAUACGAGUGCCGACAUUCUUGCUCCUCGCGUCUGUGGCGCUGUUGCUGUCGACAACAGCGUUCACAGUAGUAUUCAUGGACUACUUGUACGAAGGCUUCGUGACGUAUCGAGACACGAUCGGCCCAGUCAUGUACUUUGCCGAAGAUCGAUGGCAGGAGACUACCAUCUCCGCCUUCAACAUCUUUGAACAGGCACUGGCGGAUGGGAUCUUAGUGUACCGUUGUUGGCUCAUCUGGAACAAGAGCAAGUUCAUCUUGUUCAUCACGGCACUUCCCUACAUCUCUUCCAUCCUCUUCUCCUGCAUAGCGCUCGCGGCCGCAUCUCCCUCAGGCGAACUGUUCAACAUGUUCAAAAGCACCUUCGCAACCUGGGUUCAUAUCUGGACAGGAGUCUCCCUGGGACAGAACGCCCUCACCUACCUGCUCAUCAUUGGCCGUAUCUGGUACACAGCGAGGCAGUCAACCUCGGCGUUCGGCAAGACGUCGUUCACACCGGUGAUCAUCCGGCUCUUGUCGAUGGGCUGCAUGUAUCUGCUCUUAAUUACUUUGCUGCUCGUGGCGAACUUGCAUUCGAGCGGCGGGUAUGUCGUCAUUUGCCAUAUCUGGUCUCCUGUUUCGGGAAUCGUAUUCCUCUCCCUUAUCGUGCCUACAAAACGACUGUCAAAAUCGAACCUCGACCAUGAGCUCUUACAAUCUCCAAGAAGUGGGACGGCGCGUCGCACGUUAACGCUCAGUGGAAGCACGGUCCAAGAGGACGGAGUUACGAGUGUGCCGUCGGAGUUUAAGGUUCCUGACGUGGAGGAGUUUGUGUAA